ACGCAGGAAGCAUGGACGUGGACCUAGUGGGGAUUAUCCAGUGCAUUAAGCAGGGGGAUGAGAAUGGUGUUCAGAUACAGCUGCAUGAGUUCAACAAAGAGUAUGCCCAGUGCUUCUUCUUUGAUUCAGAAGAGAGGGACCGAAGGAAAAAAACAAAACUAGAAGAGUUCAGGAAAAAUAAAGUAAGGGAUUACGCUGAUUCUGACUCCGACUGCGACCAGUACGACGAGGAGGAUCGAGGCCUCAGCAUCAGACAGAAUUUAGCCCUUGUCCUGGUGAGGUUCAUUGGAACGGGGGAUAAAUGUCAUCUGUUGAGAGUAUCUCUACGCACCCUGAGAAUCCUCUCCAGGGACAAAAAGGUCCUGGGCCCCUUGGUGACCGACAACGCUCUCCUGACGCUGGCCAAACUAGCCGGGCUGACCACAAGUGAUGCAAGUGUCGAAUCCGGGGAGCCAGACUCUGAUUUCUACAAUAACAUCAUUGCCUCUCUGUCUGAGGCCAAAGAAAUGAAUUGUCGCACUGACGAGGACCAAGGUGACGUAGAAGCCAAUGACCAACAGGACGAGUGCGUUGAUGAGGACGCCAUAAGUGACAUCAGCAUCGCCAACAGCGGGGAUCUGGACAACAUCAGCUGGUCUGGCAGCCACGGGCCCAGCGUCAACGAAAUGCAGGGGGGCAGCAGGCAUCACAAGGCGCUGGAGAGAGGCAGGAAGGACCGCAGAGAGAGCAAGAUGGAGGGGGAGGAAGUGGAGGAGGGAGGGGCGUCAGAAGAGGAGGCAGUGAGAAAAGAGGCCCUAAAGGUUAUGUGCAAUCUGGUCUACAACAGCACCUGGGCUCAGGAGAGGUUCAGUGCUCUCAGGCUGAUGUGUGGCCUCACAGAGCGUCUAUCCUCCAAUGUGAGUGGCUCAUCUCCCUCCAGUGUUCAGUUCUAUGAACUACGCCUCAUGUUCCUCAUCACUGCACUACGGCGAGAGCUCAGCACUCAGCUUCAACAGGAGGGAGGUGUGUCCAUCUUCACAGCAGCUCUGGAGAGCUGCCUGGAUGCUCAGUGGAAGGACCAGUAUGAGUGUGUGCUGGACCCAGCAGCACCACCCAUCUCACCCGAAGCCUCUCAGCAAAUCAUAGAGAUCCUCAAAAUCCUCUUCAACAUCACCUACAGCACCCACAGGCAGGAGCCAAGUGAGGAUGACGCAGCUCUUUACCGUCAUCUGGUGGCGAUGCUGCGUCUCUGUCUGAUGAAGAAGUGUUUGCUUUCGGAUGACACUGAUGAACUGCAGGGUCACACAGUCAACCUGUUGUCAGCGCUGCCUCUCCAGUGUCUCAAUGUGCUGCUGAUUGUUCCUGUGGAGCCAAACUCGACGCAGUGUCAGGGGGUCAACAUGGACUGUGUCAACACGCUGGUGCUGUUCAUGGAGAGACGCCUGGAGUCGGGUGAUAAGAUGAAAGAGAAGCUGACACCAGUCCUCAAUCUGCUGACAGAGAGCUGCAGGGCCCACAGAGAAACACGUCGUUACAUCAGGGAACAUAUCCUGCCUCCUCUGAGGGACACAUCACACAGACCAGAGGAAGGCUCCACAGUGAAGAAUCGUCUGGUCCGUCUCAUGACUCACCUGGACACAGACCUCAAACACUGUGCUGCUGACCUCAUCUUUGUCCUCUGCAAGGAAAAUGUGGGCCGCUUUGUCAAGUACACGGGCUACGGUAACGCAGCGGGCCUGCUGGCCACCAGGGGUCUGCUGGGCGGUGGGUCCAGGACCGCCAGCUCAAGCCAGUACUCAAGCGACUCGGACUCCGACACCGAGGAGUACCGGCAGGCCAAAGAUCGCAUCAACCCGGUGACAGGUCGGGUGGAGGCGGAGCAGCCGGACCCCAUGGAGGGCAUGACGGAGGAGGAGAAGGAGGAGGAGGCCAAGAGGCUCAUCAUGAUCUUCAACAAGCUGUCCAGAGAUAAAAUUAUCCAGCCAAUGGGAGUGGAUUCAGAUGGGAAGCUGGUCCCAAUGUCGGGACUGAGGGAUAAUUCCCUCACUGAGGAGGUGAAGUCUGGGUCUGAGAACGAAGGAGAAGCAGAGGAAGGAGAGAAGAACUAAAACAUG